GCUGUUCGUGCUAGAGCGUCAGGUGAGGGAGGUUGAGGUCUGGAGUGCUGAGCUCCGUGUGCGUGCGGCCCUGCGUGGGUCGGAAGGUGGUGCUGUGAAAGAUAAAGAUUAGGUUGUAAAAAAAGAAAAUAGAAGCCAUGUUUCGAAGACCUGUAUUACAGGUACUUCAUCAAUUUGUAAGACAUGAAUCUGAAAUAGCUAGUAGCUUGGUUCUUGAAAGAUCUCUGAAUCGUGUACAGUUACUUGGGCGAGUAGGUCAGGACCCUGUCAUGAGACAGGUGGAAGGAAAAAACCCAGUCACAAUAUUUUCUCUAGCAACAAAUGAGAUGUGGCGAUCAGGAGAAAGUGAAGCAUACCAAAUGGGUGAUGUUAGUCAAAAGACAACGUGGCACAGAAUUUCAGUAUUUCGGCCAGGCCUCAGAGACGUGGCAUAUCAGUAUGUGAAAAAGGGGUCUCGAAUUUAUGUGGAAGGAAAAGUAGACUAUGGUGAAUACACGGAUAAAAAUAAUGUGAGACGACAAGCAACAACAAUUAUAGCUGAUCCUCACAACAAAUCAUUUCCUGCAUCCUGUACUUCCUUGGGCCUUGCCUCCAGAGAUAUCUAUUUGUUAAAAAAUUUUUUUCCGGACCUGUAUGAGGUAUAGAACUACACCUAUGAUUUCAGUAGUGCAAAACUAAGCUUUCUAAUAAAAUAAUGAAUGUUUAAAAAUCUUUAUCAAUUGUGUAUUUGUGAAGCACUUAAAAAUUCCAUAUUCCAUUAUAAACCAAAUUAUGGGCAAACUUUCCAUUGUGUGAGUUAUGAACCAAGUCAAAUAGAAGCAAUUUCAGCUUAUUUGAUGUUUGCUUUUUUCUUGUCACUAGUAUUCACUAGCAUGGGUGAUUGGAUCCUUAACAUAGGCUUAUGGCUAAUAGUAAAAAUGAAUAGAUCUUUAGUGACAUUCGAAUUGAAGGAAAUAGUGUUUAAAUAGUUUCUUAUUGGGCGUAUUUUUUCCUCCUACGUAUCAUGUCUGUAACUUAAAAAUAAUGACCAGUGGAUGGCACUCUUGCCUUUUUACACAGUGAUGUUAAUUCUAAUACUGUCCUCUGAAAUAACAUUCUGUACCAAAAUAUUCUAUUUUUAGAAGACUAUAGUCAUGAACAAAUAUUCUUUCAUUAUAUAGUAACCACUUUUGGAAUAAUUCUAAAGUUAGAAGGAUCUGGACUUUUGGAAUUAAACAGGAAGUACUACUUAGUUCUUUUCUUUUGCUCAUCCUAAACUAACUCUGUCUAGGACAGCAUUUUAAGGUCAAUGUCUGAUGUUCUUGGAUGAAAAUGUUCUUUCUGUAAUACAAUUAGUAAAAAUUUUCCGAAGAAUGAGUAUAUAAAAGUCAUUCUGUUUUAAAAUUUAAAAAUAAAAUGUCUUCUGUAUCAGUGUUCAGAGUUACUUAAAAACACAAAUAAAUGUGUCUUUGCUGAGGGGGCCACAUGUUGAACCCUGUCCUCCCUGCGUAUCUCCAGCAUAUGGAGUACUAUGCCUUGGUCCUCUGCUGUGGCAUCUGAGCAUUGCAAGCAUCGAAAUUUGUGACUAGUUCUUUUGUAGGAAGUUAUUGCUGAGAAGACCUUAACUGUCUUCAGGGAAGACAUGAGAUAUCCCACCUCUUCUAACAAGGUCUGAAUUGUUGACAAACAGCUGAAACCCAGCUUUUAGCUCCAUUUGUGCCUAUUGUGUGUACCUCUCAUGAACAUAGCAAGAGAUAUUGAAUAUUUUGAGGAUUUGUCUAAAAUCCCUUUAGUUAACAGCACUGAAGUGUGUAUGCAUUAGAGGGGAAUGAUUAAAUGGGAUGGAGAAAGAGUUCUGAAAA